GCGUACACUGCUGGUGAUUAACGAUUCUACGGCACAAGGUUAUGCCUGCAAAGUGAAAAUAUUGAGGGGAGAGAAAAAGAAGAAAAACAGAACGAAUCUUCGGAGGUCAAGUUUAUAUUGUGACAUAGGUGAGCAACCCAACAAAAAAAAAACAAAGAAAAAAACGAUCGAGCCAGAAGGGGGCCUACCUGUAGGCGGCGGGUUGUGUGAGUAAUUAGGGGGAAAAGACUGAUCAGCCAAACCGAAGGAUCGCUAUGGCUUGGUUACCUUGGUAUGCCUGCUGCUGGUUUGGUAUGCCGACGCAAUCACUGCCGCUGCUGGUCGGGAUCGUUACCACGUGGGGACUUCUCGCUUGCUCCCCGUGCGCAGAAGGAGCGGCUGCGAGGUUCAUGCCAGGAGUUUCGGUCCUCCACAGGGACGACCGGAUGGGCGUGUCGUCGGCAGAAGCACGACCGCUCGGUAGCCCUGAUCCCCUCCUCAAGGCCUCUGCAGGCCGGCGGGAACUGAUCUCCCUGCACCCGUUGUUUGUCAAGGAGAGGAGCGGGUCGCUUGUGAAGCACCCCAUUAUGCGUGCCGGCGGUGACUCUUAUUGGUGCGGAUCUGCUAUAUUCCAUCUCGUGGUGGCAGAACCCUCCCAAGUGGACAAGGAAGUGGACAAAGCCAUGAUCUAUUAUGUCCUGGACGAGUUGUGCCUAGCCCCCAACGGAUCCAUCACAGACAGGGCGAUAUCCAUCAGGAACGCAAGUUUCUCGCUGGCUGAUCGAGCACCGUCUCUCUUGAAUGCUAAUGACAACAACACGCUCGUAACCUACUGGUGGCCGGCUUCCUCGCCCAAUGGGACAAAGGUCUCUGAUCGGCUACUCGUGAAGAUGGGGGUGAACAUGAGCACUUCGGUGGCGGAAACGCCCGUCUUCUAUGGCCUGGACGAGUCGAGAUCGCAGAGCAACCUGGUCGUCAGUUCUCAGCCCUACGAUGUCGGCGGCACGCGCAUCAUCACCUCUGUCUCUGUGAUAGAUGGGUCGCGCUCGUCAAUCGAUCCGGGUGUGAGCUCGCUGCAGAGCUUGGCGCUCGAUCCCGCCAACAACAACCUGUACAUAUCCGACAACUCCGAGACCUCCGCGAAGAUCUUCUCCGUGCCUGUACCCGACUCUGGUCUUCCCACAGCUGGGGGGGACCUGUCCCAGGUGCUCAGUACGUUUGGGGAUACCAGCGUCUCGUCGAUUUAUUUCGGUCCCUACAGCUUCGUCUCGGGCGGGAGUUGCAUGUACUUCCGCGACGACCAGCAGAAGCGCGUGUGGGGUUUCGAUCCCCGACGCUCCUCCUCCUCCUCCGACGCCACGCUCGUGGCAGGAUCGGCACUCCCUGGGUGGCACGCCGUGCAGAAUGUCGAUGACGCCAACACCACCUUCAACCGCAUGCAGGCGCUGGUAACCACACCCGAUGGGUGCAAUCUCUUCGUCACGGACGAGAUGGACGGGAAUGGACUGGUUCGAUGGCUGAAGCUAGAGCGGCCCUGUAGCCUGGCAACACGCGUGGAGGUGGUGGCAAAACACAACGGCAUAGGGUCGUCCAGCCUGGCCUUGCACAUAGCURAGGGUCGGGUAAGUCUCUUUCUUGGCUCGUCAGAUGGCGACGUGUUUCAGCUGGUAAUCAACGAGGAGCUUCUAGGGGGUUGCGGCUCUGACCAAUCUCCCCUCGGCAGCGGCAGCAGCCCGCCGCCAUCAUCGUCCUCCUCACUCCCCCUCCCCACUCCUUCACCUGCCGAAUGCCAACCGAACCUAGCGGUCAUCAUCGCUCUGUCCUUCGGUGGCGGUAGCUUAACGACCGUCCUCGCUCUUCUAGGCGCUGUCUGCUACAAGAGGCAGGUUAGCGGACAGAACUCGCGAGCCGGACAGGUGAAGCCAAAAGCUAUGAAUCCCCCCCGGAGGCCGCCACGCGCGGCCGCGGCAGAGCCACUGCGUGUGCUCGCCGUAGUGGUAGCGGUCAGUCGCGGGGGUUGCAAGAGUGGGGAUGGCUCGUUGGGGUUAGGCAACCCCAACCCUGCCCCCUAACACCAAAAAAAAAAAAAAAAAAUUCUGCGGAAGGGGGGAUGUUGUUGGUAAAAACGGAUUUUGAUAAAACAAAAAAGGGGAA